ACAAAAGUUUAUAUGCAACAUCCGCGAAACCACUCUCUAACUAAAAACUCCAUAGUCUAAAGGAAACUUAGGCCUCUUAGGAAAAUGACUUCCGAAUAUAACAUACACUACCACAUCUAAAUCAGCAAGCUAGUAUCAAUAUGAAACAAGCAUGGAGAGAGUUAGGCACACUCAUGGCCACCACCAUGUUUGUCUACACCGUAUUCAUGCGGUUGUUACCACCACCUCUUCGCGAUCGAAUCCGACGCCACACCCGAAAAAUCAUCCAUUACUUAUACCCUUACAUCAGAAUCACCUUCCAUGAAUUCACAGGCGAAAACUACUUCAUGAGGAGUGAAGCUUACACUGCAAUCCAAACAUACCUUAGCCAGCACUCUUCCAAACUAGCCUCAAGGCUCAAAGCCCAAGAGGCGAAAUCAAGCAGCAACACCAAUUCCCCUUUAACUUUCAGCAUGGAUGACAACGAAGAAAUAGAAGAUGAGUUCCAAGGGAUUAAGAUUAAGUGGGUUUCAAACAAAAUUACUCAGAAAACAGGGUCAUUUUCUUGGCACCCGGAAGAGAAAAGGUACUAUAAACUCACCUUUCAUAGGUGCUAUAGAGAUAUCAUAAUUGGAUCUUACGUCAACCAUGUCUUGGAAGAAGCAAGAGCCAUUGAAAUGAAGAGUAGGGAGUUGAAAUUGUAUGCAAAUAGCAAGACAAAGUGGAGCCACAUAGUUUUCGAGCACCCAGCGAGGUUCGAGACCUUGGCAAUGGAUCCGAAGAAGAAGGAAGAGAUGGUGAAGGAU